UAGGGGCUGCACAAUGGGAUCAAUCUAGCUUAGUUCUGCUUCCAAUUUUACUACUUAUGCGAAAUGACUGUAGGGAGUUCCCACAUCGUAUCUGACCGGAAUCUAAUGGAUAGGCUUUCAGUUCGUGAGGCCAUUAGGCAUUAGGUUAAGUGUGAGGAAAGCAGGAACAAUUUGCCGCUCCAGAGCUGGAGCCAAAUCAUACAUGAGGUUCUUGACGAAUUCCUCUUGGGCUUUGAAGCAAUUUUAGCCAACAAAUGUUCUGUUUUCCUAUAGUGGCCCAAUAGCAAGUUCUUGAACUAAGGAGAACAAAUUUAUUUCAGUUAUUACUUAUUAGUGAGUCCAUUAGGUUGAGCUUAAGGAGAACAGGAACAAUUUGUCGCUCCAGGGCUCCAGCUGUAGCAUAGACGAGGUGUUCGACCAAUUCCAGCUGAGCUCUGAAGCAAUUUGUUUUCCCAUGGUGAUCUCCAAGUGCAAGUGGGGUUCUUGAACUAGGAAAAAAAUGUCAACUUUGGAACUUGUAUUUUGGAAAAGAUUUGAUGAAAAUUCAUGUUGAGCUAUUUAAAUGUUGGAAUUCAAUUUAGUUGUAAUGAUGCUUGGAAAUGGGAGAAGGAUCAAAACAUGCGGGUGAAAGAAAGGACAACACAUCUGAUGGCCUUGGGCUAAGCCUCUUGGUCUCGAAAGGUGUUAAAGGGUUGCCUGGCAGCUUUAAGUCCACAACAAGCAGUGUUACAUCUGGCGGAUCUCUCAUGUAUUUCGGUCUGUUUCUGGCUAGUGGCAUAUUCCUAGUUUUCAUUGCAUUCACGAUAUUUCUGCCAGUCAUGGUGAUAAUGCCUCAAAAGUUUGCAAUCUGCUUCACGGCGGGAUGUGCCUUCAUAAUCGGAUCAUUCUUUGCGCUGAAAGGGCCUAAGAAUCAGCUCUAUCAUAUGAUUUCCAAAGAGAGAUUACCUUUCACUGUGGGAUUUGUCGGCAGCAUGGUUGCCACCAUUUAUGUGUCAUUGGUGCUUCAUAGCUACAUACUUUCUGUUUUCUUCUCUGUGCUUCAGGUCCUUGCUCUAGCAUAUUAUGCCAUAUCAUACUUCCCUGGUGGAUCUGCUGGAAUGAAGUUUCUAUCAUCCGCUCUUGUGUCCUCGGUGCUGAGAUGCUUUGGGCGAUGAGUUUUCACCUGACUGCUUCCCAGUGCUGAUUGAAGAACUGAUAUGGAACGAUCUAGUGCUCUGUGUAUUAUCUUCGUCGUUAUGGACAGCCUCAUUACUCCCAGAAGUUUGAUGCUACAUUGAAGCACAGAACCCAGUUAUACAGUAACCUGAUUUUGAGGAAUGAUGUUGGCCCAACGCUUGUAAGAUGAGCUGAUCAAGACCGCCAAGUGCCUCGCGACGCCGGGCAAGGGCAUCCUGGCCUCCGACGAGUCGACGGGCACCAUCGGCAAGCGCCUCUCCAGCAUCAACCUCGAGAACGUGGAGUCCAACCGACAGGCGCUC